GAAAGAAAAAAAAAAUCAACCUUGAGUAGAAAGAGAGUCCUUAUUUUGGUAAAACAAAUUAAGAACCGCUUCUCCUUUCUCUUCCUCUUGUAAUUCCAAGCAAUAAUCUCACAGCUGUAUCCAUCUCCCUCUCCCGUGUUCUUUCUCUCUUUCUUUAAGCGCCGACACAAUCUUCAAUUUCUUCUCUAUUCUUUUUCUCUGUCUUUCUUAGAUCCAAUCUUUCUUGCACCUGACUUUACAGUCUAACACAGUCAAUACCACCAUAUAUCACUCAUUUUUUACUUACCCACCUGAUAAAAUUUUGAAUUUUGUGUGAAAUCUACUUCAAUUUGAGUCGGGUCUUACUGCAAAUACUGGAUAUCACCGGCUACUCACUAGAAAUUGUAUUUGGAAUAUUGGGUAUUGGUCUUUUUUUUUACUACAGCUUAUUGAAGUUGGUGCUGAUUUGGGAAUCUGUAGCAGAUAUGGUGGUUUUGUGAUGUUGGCUUGAGCCAGCGGAGGAUUUGGGUUUCUGUGGGUGCUUUUAGUUAAUUACAACCAUGGCGACUCAGAGCUUGACAGACACUUACAAGGGUAUGUCUUCUGAUAAUAUCAAGGGGUUAAUUUUGGCUCUAUCUUCGAGCUUCUUUAUCGGUGCUAGCUUCAUUGUCAAGAAGAAGGGAUUGAAAAAAGCUGGUGCCUCUGGCAUCAGGGCAGGAAGUGGAGGCUAUUCUUACUUAUAUGAACCACUUUGGUGGGUGGGCAUGAUAACAAUGAUUGUUGGGGAAAUUGCUAAUUUUGCUGCCUAUGCUUUUGCACCUGCUAUAUUGGUCACACCCCUUGGUGCUCUGAGUAUUAUUAUUAGUGCGGUUCUUGCACAUAUGAUUUUGAAUGAGAAGCUACACAUUUUUGGAAUUCUUGGUUGUGUUCUUUGUGUUGUGGGUUCUACAACAAUUGUUCUACAUGCUCCUCAAGAACGUGAAAUUGAAUCUGUUAAAGAAGUUUGGGAUCUUGCUACAGAACCUGCUUUUCUGUUCUAUGCAGCUUUGGUCAUAACAGCUGUAUUUGUACUUAUAUUUCACUAUAUCCCUGACUAUGGCCAGACACAUAUAAUGGUUUACAUUGGAGUUUGUUCUCUUGUUGGCUCUUUGUCGGUUAUGAGUGUUAAAGCACUUGGAAUUGCAUUGAAGUUGACAUUAUCAGGAACGAAUCAGCUAAUAUAUCCCCAAACGUGGGCCUUUACUUUAGUUGUAAUUACUUGUGUGCUAACCCAAAUGAAUUAUUUGAACAAGGCACUCGAUACAUUCAACACCGCUGUUGUAUCUCCCAUAUAUUAUGUUAUGUUCACAUCGCUCACCAUUGUGGCUAGUGUUAUCAUGUUCAAGGAUUGGGAUAGGCAGAGUCCAACUCAGAUUCUCACAGAAAUGUGUGGGUUUGUGACUAUCCUUUCAGGAACAUUUCUUCUUCACAAGACAAAGGAUAUGGUUGAUGAUAUAGGGUCCACGUCUCUGCCUGUGCGACUUCCUAAGCACACAGAGGAGGAUGGCUAUGGUGCUGAAGGCAUCCCUCUUAGACGUCAGGAGUCAACCAGGUCAUCGCAAAAUUGAUAUAUUCAUCAGCUUCUUCCAGCAAUUGCUAAAGGACAGACAUCUGGGGGAGGGACCAUCUGGCAUCAACCUGUAUUUUAUGAGAAUACUUGAUUCUUUUUGUUUCCGGAAUACAGAUAAUGGAAAGGAAGGUGAGGAAUUUUCCUCCAUGUCUCUUUUUGGCUUCGCAAAGAGUCUAGCUUUCAUCUUUUUCAUUGUAUACACUCCCCCAAUUCAUACGGAAAGAAUUGGCCAUUGUAUUUUUGAGCACAUUGGUAUAUAUAAUGCUGCUUUGCUUCUUUCAUCA